AUGUGUGGUCUAUAUUUAAGAUUGGUUAGAGUGCAUAUUGUCGAACAUCGACAUUCUCUUAAAGGCCUUAACCUCUUAAAAAAUGGAAUCAAAAGUACCAUUCCACAAUCUUUGAGUAAAUUGAGAAAUUUAGAGUGGUCGGACCUCUCAAGAAACCAAUUGACCGGUGAAAUUCCCGUGACUUUGACAAAUUUGAAUUUCCUCUCUGUCUUAAACCUUUCACAAAACCACCAUGAGGGAAUCAUACCUGCAGGUCAACAGUUUGGUACAUUUGGAAAUGAUUCCUAUGAAGGGAAUACAAUGUUAUGUGGAUAUCCAUUGUCUAAGCCAUGCAAAAAUGAGGAAGAUCUUCCACCAUAUUCAACAACUGAUGAUCAAGAGGAAUCAGGAUUUGGCUGGAAAGCUGUGGUGAUCGGAUAUGGAUGUGGGGCAAUAUUCGGGUUGCUAUUGGGAUAUAAUCUAUUCUUCUUCACUGGAAAACCUGAAUGACUUCUUAGACUUGUUGGC